CAUAAACAGAGUAGAAUCAAUCAUACUGAAAAAAAAAAAAAAGAUAUUACAGAGCAAUGGCCGAACAAGACCCAAUAGUAAUCAAUGAAGAAGAAGAAGAAGAAGAGAAAAGAAUACAACAUUACUCUUCAUAUCAUCAAAUACUAUUAGUUGGUGAAGGAGAUUUCUCUUUUUCUCUCUGUUUAGCUCACUCUUUUGGCAGCGCUUCUAAUAUUGUUGCUUCCUCUUUACAAUCAUAUGAUGUGGUGAUCAAAAUGUACAAGAAUGGAAAAUCGAACUUAGAAAAGUUGAAAUCCUUGGGAGGAAUUAUAUUGCAUGGUGUGGAUGCUACUAAAAUGCAGCAUCAUUGUGAUCUUAGAACCAGGAAAUUCGAUCGCAUUAUUUAUAACUUUCCUCAUGCAGGGUUUUAUGCCCGUGAAGAUAAUAAUCAUCUUAUCCAAAUGCAUAAGAAUCUUGUGGGAAGUUUUUUCGGAAGUGCCAAAAGAAUGUUGCGAGUUGAUGGUCAAAUUCAUGUUACCCAUAAAACGACUCCUCCAUACGACCUUUGGGAUCUUGUUGGACUUGCAUCAAAAAACUCCUUGAUUUGUAUCGAAUGUGCUGAAUUCAAGAUUGAAAACUACCCUGGUUACAACAAUAAAAGAGGAGCUGGUUCAAAAUGUGAUGAACCUUUUCAUCUCGGUGAGUGCAGUACCUUCAAGUUUAUAUUAAACCCGUCUCGUAAGAAUGUGCCAAGAACAAAAAAACAGAAACGCCAUUUACAUGCACCAUCUCAGAAUUUUCAUAAAAUUGCCAACUCCAUAAGUCCUCCAAUUUACUCCUUCCAGCGGCAAAUAAGUAGGAUUGACAGUAGAAAUUCUCCAACUUAUGUCAACAACAUGAAUGGUUUUCCAAGUUAUGCCAGUUUACCUGCAACGCAUGAUCCCAGAAGUGAUUUUUUUAAGAUCUUCAAGGGGUAUUUCAGUUAUAUUCAAGAAACAUUUGGAAGAGAGGACGUUGGUGUUGAAUUUUCAGUUCGUCAAGCUAUACAUCGUGGUGCUUUAAUGUUCAGUGAUGAGACUGGGAGGCCCCGUGAAGAUUACUUGAAAGUUCUGGAAGAGCUUCAUUUUUGGAGCCGGUCAAGAAUUCUGGGGUUACAACAGAAGCUGCAAGAUCUUGAUCGAAGGGUGUUUGAGCAACAGGGUAUGGGAUAUUACCUAUAGAUUAUGUGAAUAUAGUCAAACCUCUCUAUAAUAACGUCGUCUGUUCCGAUAUUUUUGGGCUGCUGUAGCGAAAUGAUGUUGUAGAAAUUAUAUAAUAUAACAUAACAUGAAAGAUCGGUUCCACAGAAAACAUGGAUGUUAUAGUGAAAUGUUGUUAUAGAGAA